GUAUUGAGUCGGGCUUGUGGUUGCGUUGUGUUAUUCUAUUAAAGUACUCAAUGCGAGCCAAACUAUACAUCGUAACUGACCACCAUUAAGUCUUUCUCGGAUACAAUGAACGUUGGAACACAAGGAUCCAGAAAUACAGACAUAUAGUUGCAGAGAGACUUGGUUAAAACGGAAUUUCUAUCGAGAUAGAGGCACAGUAGCACUUAAAAUGCAGGGUGAACCGCAAUAUGGACAACCCGGCCAACCGUCUUAUCAAGGGCAACCGGCGAAUUACGGCCAACCUGCGCCAACGAAGUCACUGGAUUACUCAGCACCACGGGCCAUGGCUCCUGGUGUCCUGAUGAUCGUAGCCUCUGCCUUGAACCUCGGUUUCCUCAUCUAUCUUUUGUCUAUCCCUCAUUAUAACUCGGUUCUACUUUGGGCUGACAUGAUCGGAGCCAUCGUAUUCUACUUCAUCGUAGGCACCCUGGGUAUUAUCAGUGCGCAGACACAUAGAUCCAAGGGACCCGCCAUUGCCCUCAUCGUGCUGGCGACGCUGACAUUAUUCACCUGCCUCAACCAGAUGGGGUACAACAUGUCUCGGAUUAUCAUACUUCAUCCAAUGUACGAGGAACCAUACACUGCAGAAAAUUGGAUUGCAUACUCACAGAUCAUUCUGGUUCUUGUGGCCUUCAUUAGCUUCUGUGUAUGCAUCGCUCUGAUAGCCAUCGCCAGCAAAGCCGUGUGCACAUGCUGCGGCGCUCCCCCAGCGCAGCAAAGUGGCGUGGUCUACUACCAAACCGCAACAGCACCGACGUACCAAACAACGGCACAGACGAAAUAAACCGUACUACAAUUGUAGCUGCAUGGGGGAGGGGAGCUUCUAAAUUAUCAGACUUGUAACGAAAAUGUAUGGACUGUUGCUAGUACACUCUGCUUCUACUGAAAUGGAAAAUGAGAUAUGCAGUUGUUCGAGAUCUAGCUUUCUGUCAUGACUUCCAUGGAUGUUGUUCUGUCCAAUUAAAUAUAGCAAUUAGAUGUAAAUGUACUGGGCCGUUUGGAUUUACAUGUACAGUCCUACCAGAAAGUAAAUGUCCACAGGUAUUUUUUAAUAUCACAGAGAUAGAAUGAGAUAAUUGAAUGCGGUUUUCAGCAGAGAAUGGUAUAUCUAGUUGGUCAUGUAUCUGUGGUAUUUAGACUCAGCUAAUCCUGUCUCUUCAUUAUGUAACAGGCAAUUUAAAAACUGUCCAAAGAGUUACUUUUUUAUUUUAUUUCAUUUUCGUUCUUUUUCACAAUGUAUGUGUGAAAAUAUGAUGCAACAAAGGUUUUUUUUCGCUUUCAUUACUAGAAAAUUCCUGCUAAAUUCUUUCAUUUUGAAGAUUAGUUUUAGCUCGCUACAGGUGAUUGUUUUUUUUCAGACAGCUGGUGACCUUUGAAAAGACCCCUCAUAGUCAGCAAUGCAGUCAGUCAGGGUCUUUAUGACCAACUCAUCUCAUACAUGAAGGAUAGGGGGUCUUUAUCAAAGGUUAUGGACGAGAUAAAAAAAAUAACAUAAAAAUCCUUAGCAAAAAUGUGUAUUUGUCAUGACCAUUGAACACACUGGGCAGUUCGAAUCCGCGGAUUCCGUCGAUUCCACGCUUUUUUUAGAAAUUCACAUUGAACUAUACUUAAACGCGAUAUAAGAGUGUGUAUCACUUAAUAGCCUAUCCAAAAUGAAGCCCUACAGAAGAUUACCAGUACUGUUGAUAGUUUUCAGCCGAUGCCAGGGAGGAAUCCUUCACAGCAUGGAUCGAAUUAACCAGGAUAAUUGAAUUCCCCGUUAUCUUGAUACGGUGCUGGUACUGGCGUAGGGAUACGUAUCAUCAUUAAUGUAGUUCGGCAAUUAUGGCACGUUUUUUGUAGCAAAAUUUGAUUUUUCACAGCAUUCGUUCGAUUAUUUACAACAUUCAUUCGAUUUUCACAGUAAAUCCUAUUCGAUUCCGAUUGGUUAAUGCUGGCACGUGACUCAAUCCAGGCAGAGAAAUAAAUCGUUCCCGUUCCCAUCACUAAUUAGGCCUACUACUUCUUAGUUUAUUACCUUGCCAUGAGAUUCCCCAUUUUUUCGAAUGCUAACACGCAUUUCUGUCAUUGUGGAAGCUGAAGAAUCGCCAAGAAAGAUCGAAAGUAAUCAACAAUCUCCGCGCGUCCAGGCGGCUGAUGCAGUGACGUCACAAGAUGGCACAUGACCCUUGGCGAAUCGAACGAAUGUCGCACAUUAUGAAUCGAAUGAAUUGCGGGAUUAGCUGUUCCGGCAUUGGUUCGAUUCCACCAGCUGCAUUCGAUCGUUACAAUCGAAUGCGAUUUGAUUUGAUUCUAUGUAUCGUCGAUUUGAUCACGUUUUGAUUCAUUCGAAAAAAUCAAACAGUUCAUUCGAUUUAUUGUUGUGUUCGAAAGCGUUUUGCUCAUUCGAUUUAAGUAGACGCCUAUUUGGUGUCUGGGAUAAUGGUCAAUCAAACGUUCUAAUCAUCAAAUUAUGCUACAUCUAACAUGCUAUAGGCAAUGACACGACCGUCAUCUCAAAUAGAUAUUACAUUAGGCCUACAUCAAACUCCUGACUGUUGCCAUGAGUAUGACAUAUUCCUCCCUGAUAACCAAAUUGUUUAUAAAUCUCACCUGAAGCCCGUUGAUUGCCGCAUCCCCAUGUCUGCCAUCAGUUCGUGCUUUCCUUAGCCUUGUCACUCAGCCGGUUUCAGCUGAUGAAAUAGUUCCCCAAUGAAUAAUUCUCAUUUUUUCAUAUUGGCCUAGGCCUAGAUAAGGCUGAUGUUUUCAAAAAUAGUUUGCCAAUAAUAAGAACAAAAUCUAACUGUAUUGAUGCACAUAUAAUGAUGAUAAAUGGAAUUUCUAAAAAUAGCUCGGAAUCUACGGAAUCCGCGGAUUCGAACUGCCGGAACACACUCUAUGGAAUUGCAAGUGCCAGAAAAUGAUGGUCAAAAAGCACUGUUCAUGGGCUCAUUUGAAUAGAAUAGUGAGUUUUCGAACAGCCCCCGAAACGCGAACGCGAACGCCUAUCCCAUUGUUCGAGCUCCUGUUCACGAUGUCGAACAAUGGGACAGGCCAUCACGUGGACGUUUCGAGUGCUUUGCGAAAACUCCUUACUAUAUUGUUUCAACGCCGUUUACAAGGCAAAGGUUUAUUUUAUGGUGUCUGAGUGAAUAGUUCAUUUCAUGGGAAAAUGGUAGACAUGCAGAGCCUAAAUUUUAUAUUUCGCUUCAAAUUGCAAUUCUUUGGCACAUAUUCGGACUUGUGAUUUUUAGGUUAUAAUUUUUUUUUCAUCGACAUCUUCAAUAAUGCGCUCAAUAUCACUUGAAAAUCUCCGUCGUAAAAAUAAUCCCUUUUCGGAGCACCAAACCGUGAUAUGUGCGCUCCGUUAACCAGAAACUAUGAAAAACCAAUGAUAGGAAACAUAUUCCUGCCGAUUUGUGAAGAGUCCGACUUAAGUUUCAAUGUACCUAUUGCGUUCAAGACAUCCUUCCAUUAGUUUUCGAACAAACGGCCCAAAAGUUCGUCGAGGAUAUUCCGUUUGAGGGUGUAUAACCCCAGAUUUCACACGGAGAGGCCCACUGAACCAGGGAUCGGAUAGGUCUUCAUCAAUAGGUUUAGAUGCACUCCAAGAACGAGAGCGAGGUGAUUCCCAUUUUGCAUGCUACGUAAUCAGUUCUCGAGGGAUUCCCCACGGCGGCAGGUGAACUUGCUCGUGAAAACGUCUUGAAUCCUCUGAAGUCGUAAGUGAAUUCCGUGGUGGUUCGAUUCUAUUUAAGAUAUUUUUUUCCUAAUUAUACCGAGACACAUCCCUUUCAUAUAUGUACAUGUACCAGCCUUUGUUAGAAACUGUUUUUAUUGGUGGAAUAAAACGAAAUAACUGAACGAAUCAACUCUUUCCAACAGUACACUUUUUGCUCUAUUCAAAUGCAUAGCCUAUGUACGUUGAACUAACCAUCGCGCUUUGUUAAAAAUGGGGUUUUUUUUAACUGUGAAAGUGCGUCACACCUUCCGAGAAUGACGACGACUUCACCUCGUUCUCGUUCCGUUCUCGGAGCGCAUCUGAACCUUGCCAUUGAUCCGUUUGCAUACGCGACCAUGAAUGCAGUAAGUUUUUGUUGAAAAAAGAGACAAAAAAGAAUACAGCAGAAUUGCCAUUAAUUUCUUUAGGAA